CUGCGCGAACGCCGUCAAAUGUAUACCGACAAGUGGACAAAUGAUCGCGGUAUAUUCACAGAGUGAGAUUUAGCGAGGUUCGCGCUACCAGUGGAGAUAAUUAAACGAAACGAAUAUAUCAAAUAUAAGGCAUAGAAUUGUCGUGCGAUUUCUUUGAAUAGAAAAACCGCACAAAUGGUGCGUCUACCGCAGAUAACAUAUGCCAGACUGUUGAGAUCUUGCGGAAAGGUCUCCUAAGGGGAGCGCCUUUGACAAGUGGUUCUACGUAAGACGACUAGAUAUUUAAAACUUUCAAAAUGGCAGAAAAUCAAGGGAAUUCCUCGAAUCAAACUAACUCAGGUUCUGGCAGAUCAUUUAAUUUUCAACGGCUGGACUUUAGAUCAAAUAAUGAUAUUCAAAAUGAAAUGUCUGAGAAAAGAAGACAACUGAAGUUAUGUUCUCAAACGCAAGGAAGCAAUCUGUCAUUUGCCAAUUCAACUAAUUCCUCUCAGACAAAUUCAACUGGAACCUCUGUACGACCACCAGUAUCAUCGCGUCCAAGUCUACCUUUGCCUCUACCUAAGUUGCCAGUUAGACCACGUACAAUGGUAUUGCAGCAAGAUUUUCUUCCUGAUAAAGCAAGAGAUAAGUUGCGAAUGUGUCAGUCUAUGCAAAGUACUGGAAAAUUGCAAUUAAAUCCAGAUGUGGUAUAUGAUUUCACAAGCGAGGAUCUUCAAGAUUUAGGAGAAAUAGGCAGAGGAGGAUUUGGAACUGUAAAUAAAAUGAUACAUAGGAUAAGCAAUACUGUUAUGGCUGUGAAGAGAAUACGUUCAACGGUGGAUGAAAGAGAACAAAAGCAAUUAUUAAUGGAUUUGGAGGUUGUAAUGAAAUCCAACGAAUGUCCUUGUAUUGUGCAGUUUUAUGGAGCUUUAUUUAAAGAGGGAGAUUGUUGGAUUUGUAUGGAGUUGAUGGACACCUCUUUAGACAAAUUUUAUAAAUUCAUCUAUGAGAGAUUAAAUGAGAGGAUACCCGAAUGUAUUUUAGGAAAAAUUACAGUAGCUACAGUAAAAGCGUUGAAUUACCUCAAAGAAAAAUUGAAAAUAAUUCAUAGAGAUGUAAAACCUAGCAAUAUUUUACUUGAUCGUCGUGGCAAUAUAAAACUUUGCGACUUUGGUAUAUCAGGACAACUAGUAGACUCUAUCGCACGAACUAGGGAUGCUGGUUGUAGACCAUAUAUGGCACCGGAAAGGAUAGACCCUCAGCGGGCAAGGGGUUAUGACGUAAGAAGCGAUGUAUGGUCAUUGGGUAUUACUUUGAUGGAGGUUGCCACUGGUUACUUUCCUUAUCCAAAAUGGAAUUCCGUUUUUGAGCAACUCUACCAAGUAGUACAGGGUGAUCCACCUCGCCUAUCUCCCAACGAAAAUGGAAAUCAUUUUACAAUGGAUUUUGUUAACUUUGUUAAUACAUGUCUAAUCAAGGAAGAAACUCAGCGACCGAAAUAUAACAAGUUAUUGGAGCAUACAUUUAUUAGGAAAGCAGAAGAAGCCACUAUUGACGUUGCAGCAUAUAUUAGUGGCGUUUUGGACAAUAUGGCUAACAAUGGAGUAACACCAUUUACCACCAAUCAGCCUUAAAGCGAUUAGGCGAAAAUGUGCAUCCCUUCUUGGAGCAUUGGGUUUUCUUUCUUUUUUUUUUUUUUUUUUUUAUUGUCAUUUGAACUCCCACUCUGAUUUCUUGUAAAGAGCGGGUCACUGCACUCGAAUCUAGUGUAGUUAGUAAAAUUCAUUGAUGACGAUAUUUAUUGGCGCCACUAUCUUGCUUAGAGCUAUACUGUGUCGCAAAGAAUAUUCUUACGCAUAGUGAGUAGGGAUGUUUCAACAAUUGACUUGCCAUUCUAUCAGUAAGUAACCUAUUGAAUGGAAGACUUAAAUUUUAAACUUUUUAAGAUCGUGUUACGAAAGAUCGUUAACACGUUUCUAUCUUUUUCUCCGGAACUUCCAUCCUUAGCGAAAGAUCACAAUGCCUUGUCUGCUUUCGUUUCGAAUGAAAUUCUUCUUCGUCUUGGCAACGCCAAGUGAUUUUCGCUCGAUCCCAUCGCGGAUCAUAUGUGUAUAUACAUAUAAAUAUAUUGAUAGAUAUAACCGUGUGUAUAUACAUAUAAUUGUAUCUCGCCUAACGUUUCAUUUCCACAAAUUUUUGUAAGGAGCGUAACGAGCUCAACGGAGAAUAAUAUAAAAAGGUAAAUUCGUCAAGGAGGUACUGAAGAAGGUGCCUACUCCACCCAAUUGCCGGUGGGUUUUCUUAGAACAGGUUUAAGUAUUAAACGUUCAAUGCGGUGGUAGGAGUGAUGUAAUGCAAGAGAAAUAAAUCAUUGAAACUCGCAGUAGAA